AUGUUUGUAAGUAUUUUACUAUUUUAUGUAGAAUAUGCUUUCGCAUAAAGUAUUACUCUUGUUGACAAUUUUCAGAAUUCUUGGGUGAUCUAUAGCGAGGAAUAAAAAUAUAAUGAUUAAUUUCAUUGGGAUGAUACUUCCUGUUGUACACCUCCACAAUUAGAAAUUAUUAAUGCCACAUCAAUCUCUAAUUAUUAAAAUACCUUACAAGUUAUUUUGGAUGGUUAUAUCAUAGAGAAUCAAGAUGUUAAGUAUAAAAACUUAGGAUUUCAAUAAUCAGGAAACUAUACAUUUAUUAAUUAGACUAAUAUUGAGAUUGAAAACAUUUGUGAGAAAGAAAAAUCAGAUACAGAAUCAAUAGAAUCAGGAAUGGCUUAAUUUGAAAUAGGAAUGAUUAAUACAUAGUCAAAUUAAAAACUAUAUCUUACCUUUUAAUAUUGGUUUAUAUGUUAGUAUAUUGAAUUUAAAUCGCCAUAAUAAAUAAAAAUCAAUUUUGUUUCAUCUAUGAUAAUAAUUGCACUAAUUGGAUGUUUUUUUGUGUGGAUUUUUACUAAGAUGGCUAAAAUUAGAUCUUUAAAAAUUGAGAUUGAUCUCAAUAAAUAUCCAUUCUUAAAUAGAUUAAUUGCAAGUUAAUAAUUUUAGUUAGAAGAUCAAAUACUUUAUUUUUAAGGAUUUGUAGUGAAUUGGAUAUUGUAUUUAGUGUAUAUAUUGGCAUCAAUAUUGUUUUAUGUUGUUGUUCAUUUCAUAAGUGCUUGGUAUGAAGUAGUUAUGAUAAUGUGCUUAAUAUUUGCUUUAUUUUGUUGCUGGUUUUUAUUCAAUGAAUUACAAUGCUUUUUAUCUGUUAAUUUAAAAUUGUAAGCAGAAGUAUUUAAAUCAAUAAGAGUAUGUGAUUGCAUAUCCAUUUUUUUAUCAGUUUUAUUUGUAGUUCUCUAUUUAACAUUGGGUUAGGCUUGGUAUAUAUCAAAUUUUAUCACAUUUUGCAUAACUGGAUCUCUGCUUAGAUUAUUUAAGGUUACAAAUUUAAGAGGAGUUACUAUUUUAUACUUAGCCAUAAUGCUUUUUGAUUGCAUAUAUUAUUUUGUUCUUUUGACAAAAGUGUUCUCUGUUAAUUAUCAAAUUGUUGUCUUGUAAGUAAUAAUAAUUUAUUAAUAAAUAAGUACUCCAAUUAUCCAGUGCUUUUUUAGAUUCCUUAAUUUAGAUACAAUUACUUAAAGGUUUGUGUUUGGUUAUCAUUAAUGGAUUUAGUGAUUCCAGGGAUAUCCAUUUCUUAUUUAUAUAGAUUUGAUAGAAACAGAAAUUCUAGAGUUUAUUUUAUAAUAGGAUUAGUGGGUCUCUUUUUUGGGAUAGUAUGUUGGCUAUUAGGUACAUUAUCAUCCUCUAAAAAUGGUAUAUAACUCCCUUAAUCAAUAUUUGUAUACCCAUUGAUAAUAAUAUUUACAUGUCUUUGGGCAAUUAGAUAAGGUGAUUUAAGAAUAAUUUGGUAUGGAUAAUUUUAUGAUAAAUAUGUAAAUAUAAAAUUUAUAUAUAUAGCUAAUGGAUAAUUUUAUAGUUGAAUACAAUCCUGAAACAUCAAAGGCUCAACUUGAAAAAUCUAAUUUAGAAAAAGAAUAAUUAACUUCUUUGAUGAAUGGUCUCAAACUGGAAUAUGAGCUUUGA